AAAAACAAAUUAAGUGACCACUCACACUCAUUCCAUGCACAGCUAAAAGAACCCAUUUUCUCUCUCUACUCUCUGCUGUCUCUCUCUCUACUUUCUCUCUCUACAGAGGACGGACUUGAAGGCCGGAAGUCGGAGGGGUCACUGUUUCUCUCUCUACAAAGUUUUGAUUUAUGGUAUGCUGUGAGAGCCAUGGAAGAGAACCCCUCUUGCACUCUUUCAGACGGGUUAUUGACUGGAAUCAGAUUUGGUUUGGCAACACCUAUAGAAAUUUGUACAUCUUCCAACAGCGACUUGCCAAUUAGCCAUGCUAGUCAGCUUUCAAAUCCUUUUCUUGGUCUGCCCCUUGAAUCUGGUAAAUGUGAAUCUUGUGGUACUGCUGAGCCAGGGCAAUGUGAAGGCCACUUUGGAUAUAUUGAGUUACCGAUUCCAAUAUAUCAUCCUUCUCAUAUUGGGGAAUUGAAACGGAUGUUAAGCAUGUUAUGCUUAAAGUGUUUGAAGAUAAAAAACAGGAAGGUAAAGAACAUUGGUCUGCUUGAAAGAGCGCUGUCCUCUUGCUGUGAGGAGGCUUCACAAAUUUCUAUCAAUGAGGUUAAAGCGAAUGAUGGUGCUUUUUACUUGGAGCUGAAACUACCAACUAGGUCGAGACUCCAGGAUGGAUUUUGGAAUUUUUUGGAAAGAUAUGGUUUUCGCUAUGGUGAUGACCAUCGUCGACCAUUGCUUCCUUAUGAGGUGAUGGCAAUUCUUAAAAAAAUUCCCGAGGAGACUAGAAAAAAGCUUGCUGGGAAGGGGUACUUCCCCCAACAUGGAUAUAUUGUGCAAUAUUUGCCAGUACCCCCGAACUGUUUGUCAGUGCCAGACGUUUCAGAUGGAAUUAGCGUCAUGUCUUCGGAUCUUUCCACAAUGAUGCUUAAGAAAGUGUUGAAGCAAGUCGAGAUCAUCAAAAAUUCAAGGUCCGGGACUCCAAAUUUCGAAUCUCAUGAAGUUGAAGCAAAUGACUUGCAAGCAGCAGUUGCACAGUAUCUUCAAGUUAGGGGCACUGCCAAGGCAUCUCGGGAUUUAGAUGGACGAUUUGGGAUAAACAAAGAACCCAAUGAUUCUUCUACUAAAGCAUGGCUUGAAAAGAUGAAAACAUUGUUUAUUAGAAAGGGUUCAGGGUUUUCUUCUCGUAGUGUCAUAACUGGUGAUCCGUAUAAAAGGGUGGAUGAAAUCGGAUUACCGUUUGAAAUAGCUCAAAGAAUUACCUUUGAGGAGAGAGUUAAUCAGCAUAACAUGAAAUACCUACAGAAGCUGGUGGAUGAAAACUUGUGUUUAACCUAUAAGGAUGGUUCGUCCACAUACUCAUUGAGGGAAGGUUCAAAGGGGCAUACAUUUUUAAGAUCUGGUCAAGUGGUACAUCGACGAAUUAUGGAUGGUGAUAUGGUUUUUGUUAAUAGGCCACCAACUACCCACAAGCAUUCCCUGCAAGCAUUGUCAGUGUAUGUUCACGAAGACCAUACAGUUAAGAUCAACCCUCUUAUUUGUGGGCCUCUUAGUGCUGAUUUUGAUGGGGACUGCGUUCAUUUAUUUUAUCCCCAGUCGCUUGCAGCGAAGGCAGAAGUGUUGGAGCUAUUCUCAGUUGAGAAACAGUUGCUUAGCUCCCACAGUGGCAACCUUAAUUUGCAGCUGGCCACCGAUUCAUUGUUAUCCCUGAAGAUGAUGUUUAUGAAUUACUUCUUAAAUAGAGCAGCCGCACAGCAGUUAGCGAUGUUUGUUUUGAAUUCCCUACCAAAGCCUGCAUUGUUGAAGGCGUAUGGUUCUGGCCCUCUUUGGACUGCUUUACAGAUGUUACAGACUGCUCUACCUGCUUGCUUUGACUGUUGCGGGGAGAGACACCUUAUAAGAAAAAGUGAGAUAUUGAAAGUCGAUUUUAAUAGGGAUGUAAUGCAGUCCAUUAUCAACGACAUUGUUACAUCUAUUUUCUCUGAGAAGGGGCCUGAUGAGGUUUUGAGGUUCUUUAAUUCCUUACAACCUUUGUUAAUGGAAAAUAUAUUUUCAGAAGGUUUCAGUGUUUGCUUGGAAGAUUUUUCCAUUCCCAGAGGCAUUAUAGAAGAUAUCCAAAAGAAUAUACAAGGAAUUUCACCACUUUUGUAUCACUUACGGUCCACUUCCAAUGAGGGGAUAGAAUUGCAAUUGGAGAAUCAGUUGCGGCUAUUCAAACUGCCCAUUGCUAAUUUCAUUCUUAAGUCGUCUGCAAUGGGUAAUCUAAUUGACUCCAGGAGUGAUUCAGCCGUAAACAAGGUGGUACAACAGAUUGGAAUAUUGGGAUUACAGCUUUCAAGCAAGGGGAAAUUUUAUUCAGGAACCUUGCUUGAGGACAUGACUCUGGCUUUUGACCGCAAAUAUCCUUUUGGUGUUCAUUAUCAGUCUGAAAAAUUUGGACUAGUAAGAAGCUGCCUUUUCCAUGGAUUAGAUCCGUAUCAGGAGAUGGUCCAUUCCAUCUCUAGUAGAGAAGUAAUUGUACGGUCAUCUAAAGGUCUGAGCGAACCAGGAACUUUAUUCAAAAACUUAAUGGCCAUCCUUCGGGAUGUCGUUAUCUGUUAUGAUGGUACAGUGAGGAAUGCUUGUAGCAAUUCCAUUAUUCAGUUUGAAUAUGGGGUUAAGGCUGGAACUGGGCCCCGGAAUUUCUUCCCUGCUGGUGAACCUGUUGGAGUGUUAGCUGCAACUGCCAUGUCAAAUCCUGCAUAUAAGGCAGUUCUUGAAUCUUCUCCAAGUAGUAAUUGCUCUUGGGAGAUGAUGAAGGAGAUACUACUUUGCCGUGUCAAUUUCAAGAACGAUGUAUUUGAUCGUCGGGUGAUACUGUAUUUGAAUGAAUGUGGUUGUGGAAGGAAGUACUGCCAAGAAAAUGCUGCAUAUCUCGUCAAAAAUCAGUUGAAAAAAGUCAGUCUUAAGGAUACUGCAGUGGAGCUCUUAAUUGAAUAUAGAGGACAACAGCAAACUGUUUACGAUAGUUCUGAAAUUGAUCAUGGCUUGGUUGGUCAUAUUCAUCUCAAUAAGAUGCAGUUGAAGGAUGCAAACAUCAGUAUGUCGGAGGUUCUUCAAAAGUGCCAAGAAACUGUUAAUUCAUUUCGGAAGAAGAAAAAAGUUGGUCAUCUAUUCAAGAGAAUUUUGCUAUCUGUCAGUGAGUGUUGUUCUUUUCAGCAACAUCAUGAUAGCAAGUGGGUUGACAUGCCAUGCAUGAAGUUCUUUUGGCAAGACACAGGUGAUCAACAUUUGGAGGCUAUUUCUCAUAUUCUUGCUAACACAGUUUGCCCUGUUUUGUUAGAAACAAUUAUUAAAGGUGACCCCCGGGUUUGCACGGCAAACAUAAUUUGGAUUAGUCCUGACACAUCCACUUGGAUACAAAAAGAUUGUUGUAAGAGUCAUAAGGGGGAAUUGGCUUUGGAUAUUGUUCUUGAGAAAGCAGCAGUUAAAACCAGUGGUGAUGCAUGGAGGAUCGUCAUGGACUCCUGUCUUCCUGUCUUUCACUUAAUUGACACUUGCCGUUCCAUCCCCUAUGCAAUAAAACAAGUUCAAGAUUUGCUUGGGGUUGCUUGUGCUUUUGAGCAAGCUGUUCAGCGCCUCUCUACAUCAGUGUCAAUGGUUGCCAAAGGAAUCCUUAAAGAUCAUCUUAUUCUAUUGGCAAACAGUAUGACAUGUGCUGGCAACCUAAUUGGUUUCAAUGCAGGAGGUAUAAAAGCGUUAUCUCGGAGCCUAAAUGUCCAAAUACCAUUCACAGAAGCAACAUUGUUUACCCCAAAGAAAUGCUUUGAAAGAGCGGCUGAAAAAUGCCACGUGGACUCUUUGUCUAGCAUUGUUGCAUCUUGUUCCUGGGGCAAACAUGUGGCUGUAGGUACCGGAAACUCAUUUGAUGUUCUUUGGGACACACGAGAGGUUGGUUUGAAUCAACAAGAUGAAAGUGAUGUUUAUAACUUCCUUAAUUUGGUGAGAAGCAGUACAAAUGAAGAGCUAAACAGCGCUUGUCUUGGUGGGGAAAUCGAUAAUUUUGAACUUGAAUAUGAAAAUAUGGAGUCGGGCUUUUCUCCAGAUCAUAACUCCAGUUUCGAUAAGCCUAUCUUUGAAGAUAAUCCUAGCUUUGAAGACAAUUCUGCUGGUUGGGGUACAGUAGAUUCUGGUGAAACGCUUAAUCAGUCAGGGCAAUCGGCUGCUUGGGGAAAAAAGAUCGCAGCUGAAGAAACUGGCUGGAAUAAGAAGAAUGGUCAACCAGAGAAUUCUACUGGUUGGGCUGCAGUAAAUUCUGGUGAAAAGCUCUCUGAAGAUAAUUCUACUGGUUGGGGUGCGGUGGGUUCUGUUGAAAAGCUUAAUCAGUCAGGGCCAUCGGCUGCUUGGGGAAAAAAGGUCUCAGCUGAAGAAACUGGCUGGAACAAGAAGAAUGGUCAACCAGAGAAUUCUACUGGUUGGGCUGCAGUAAAUUCUGGUGAAAAGCUCUCUGAAGAUAAUUCUACUGGUUGGGGUGCAGUGGGUUCUGUUGAAAAGCUUAAUCAGUCAGGGCCAUCGGCUGCUUGGGGAAAAAAGAUCGCAGCUGAUGAAACUGGCUGGAAUAAGAAGAAUGGUCAACCAGAGAAUUCUACUGGUUGGGCUGCAGUAAAUUCUGGUGAAAAGCUCUCUGAAGAUAAUUCUACUGGUUGGGGUGCAGUGGGUUCUGUUGAAAAGCUUAGUCAGUCAGGGCCAUCGGCUGCUUGGGGAAAAAAGAUUGCAGCUGAUGAAACUGGCUGGAAUAAGAAGAAUGGUCAAACAGAUAAUUCUACUGGUUGGGGUACAAUAGAAUCUGGUAAAAAGCGCUCUGAAGAUAAUUCUACUGGUUGGGGUGCAAUAGAUUCUGGUAAAAAGCUUAUUCAGACAGGGCCAUCGGCUCCUUGGGGAAAAAAGAUUGCAGCUGAUGAAACUAACUGGAAUAAGAAGAAUGACAUACCUCUUGUUGACCAUUCUGCCGAUCAAAUUUCUUCAGCUGCGGGAGUUCCAACUGAAGAUCAACCUCAAACUCUAGAUACCCUGUCAAAGACUUCUGUUGCUAGGGAUUCUUCGAAUGAUGAAGGCUGGGGAAAAGUUGGAUUACAAUCUGACACAGGUUGGCACAAAGAAUCACCUGUCAAUUUAUGGGGUUCCAGUCAAAAUGCAACAGAGGAACCCUCGUAUCAAUCGUCUAGUACAGGCUGUUGGGGUUCUUCAAAGGUCAGUGGUUCGAAUGAAAGGGAUGUACAGUCCCAGUGGGGUACACAGAAACGUAACGCUUUCAAGAGAGAUCCCACUGAAAAUUCACGUAAUUGGGGUUCCUCUAGUGGUGGAGAUUGGAAAAACAAGAGAAAAGGCCCAGCAAAGUCAGUUGGAGGGUUGAAUGAUGAUUCCAUUGCAAGUGGAACUUUAACUGCAACAAGACAGAGGCUGGAUAUGUUCACAUCAGAGGAACAAGAUGUUCUCUUGGAUGUUGAACCUAUUAUGCUGUCCAUCAGAAGAAUAAUGCAUCAGCCUGGGUACAAUGACGGGGAUCCUUUACCUCCUGAUGAUCAGUCGUACAUUCUUGAUAAUGUAUUCAGUUACCAUCCCGAUAAGGCAGUAAAGAUGGGAGCUGGAAUCGAUUAUGUCAUGGUUAACAAGCACAGCAGCUUCCAGGAUAGCAGGUGCUUGUACAUUGUAUCUACUGAUGGUCACAAAGAGGAUUUUUCAUAUCGCAAAUGUCUUGAAAAUUUCAUCAGUGGAAAAUAUCCUGACAAGGCCGAAUCUUUCAACUCGAAGUACUUCAGACGGCCUCGUCCUGCUCCUGGUUGGAAUAAAGAGCGUAGUCCUGCUCCUGGUUGGAAUGGCGAGCGUAGUCCUGCUCCUGGUGGUUGGGGUGGCGAGCGUAGUCCUGCUUCUGGUGGUUGGGGUGGCGAGCGUAGUCCUGCUCCUGGUGGUUGGAGUGGCGAUCGUAGUCCUGCUCCUGAGGAAGCUGGACCUGGGAAUGGUCAGUAGGCCUGUCUCUUGUGGGCUGGGGCUGUGGAUACAGCAAAAUCUCAUUAUCUGCGGUUUUGAUGUGUGUAUAGGAAGCAGAUGCUCUUGAACCCUUUGUGGUCUCGCUCAGAUAACUUUGUGAAUCUUUAUUCCAAACUGCCCUCUUUUUUUCGUGAGAGCAGUUAUUUUUUUUUAUUAUUAUUAUUAUUUUUUCAUAUUAGUUGUAAUAUAGAAGCAUUUCAACCACAUUUUAAUGAGAUUUGCAGCAUGCUCCUUCAUGGCC